AAGUAUAAAAGAGCAUGAUGUUAGAACUAAUAUUGCAUACCAAUUCGAGGACAAGUGCAGUUUGAAAAUAUUUUUUUGUCUGACUAUCAUACACUGCAGUCAAAUGGGAGCAGGAUUUUCUAACGACGAUGAAAAUGACAAGACUGGUGCUUUAUUCCAGGCAAUACGCAGCGAGAAAUUUCAGAAAGCUACAGCUCUGAUUUCAAAUGGCGCAGGAGUCAACUGUAUAAAUUAUUUCGGAAAAACACCAUUGAUAGAAACAUGUCGGAGUCAUCGGACAUCAAGCAGAAGCUUUAGCACAGUUGAAUGUGAGAGAGAACGUUUUGUCAAAUUUCUUAUUAACAAUGAUUGUGAUACCAGCAAGUAUGAUAUAUAUGGAUGGACAGCUCUUAUGUAUGCAGAGAAAAAUGGCCAUGAUAAGAUCAUUGAUGUUUUAGAUGAAGAAGAAAAGGAUAUAGAUAUUGAAGAUUCAUUCGCUGAAAGACUAUUGAUAUCAACAGGAAAUGUCAGCCAUCAAACUACGAAAAUCGUGGCAAACUGAAAGACAGCAUUAUAUUUAACAAUGUUUUCAAAAUAUUGCUACACUUAUAUGAUAUACUUGGAAAACAUGUUCUGUACUCGGCAAUUCCAUUAACGUUAAUUGGCCUGACGAAUAGUUCAAGAGGCAACCUUGGUCAAUAUUGAUAAUUUAUCAAAGAUAAAGAUUUGCUUGAAAACAAAACUAGACGCAAUGGAGAUCUAAAGCACCCUUAUAUUCCUUGGUUGAUUGGUUAUUGCUUUAAAUUAUAUUAGACGAAACAUGUAUAUUAAAGCUUAUUGUAUAGUUAUUUUGGCCUAUUCAGUUUCUGUUACUUAGCAAAAAGUAAAAUCACAAAA